AUGAAAAUGUUUGAAUUUAAUCUUCUAUCUGCUCUCAAGAAGUUAUUACAAAAGAACGAAAAAAAUCAAUUACGGACUAAAAUUAUUAAAUAUUCUGACAGACUCUUAACUGAACACGGAAAUGAAAUAUGUUCAGAGUUUUUUAAAAAACCCUUUAAAUCUUUCACGUACGCCGAUGAUCCAGAUUGGAUUGGGUAUGGUGAUAUAUCCAUGUCUGUUUAUGACACUGCAUGGGUCGCAAUGAUUCCUAGUAAAAUUUACAAAGAAUCAAACAUUUCGAAGAAUUUCAGCUUAGCAUUUCCUCAAUGUUUCUUAUGGCUUUUAAACAACCAAGAUAUGCAUGGUAGUUGGGCUGGUAGUGGUUCUGGUGGCAUAGUGCCAGGACUUGCAGGUCUGCUUGCACUAGGUCUUUUCCGAUUACAUUCCGGUGAAUUCUUUGAGAUUAAAUUGAAUGAUUUAGGAAUAACUAUUGAGCAAUUUAUUGCAACUUUUGAAAAGGCCAAAAAAUUUUUACAAAAAGCAUUAAACGAAUGGAAUCUUGACAACUUUGACAUGAUAUGCUACGAAUUAAUAAUCCCUUACCACCUUUCAGCUCUGGCACGGCUUAAAGAACCAGUUGUGUUUGAUUUCCCUGAAAGUGAACGAAUUUUACAAGAAGGUCAAAGAAAAAUGAGUCUUAUCCCUCUGGACAAGAUUAUUAUUCUAGCAAAAAGCCAACCAAUAACCCUUAUUCAUUCUAUUGAAGUAUUUUGCGAAAAACUAGACCUUUCACAAAUUCAAAAUAAAAACUUUCAAGCAAUUAAUGGUAGUUAUGGAUCUUCACCAGCCGCUACUGCUUCAGUGCUUUUACAUGCCCAGAAAUGGGAUGAUAAAGCAUUCGAAUUUUUGGAAAAGAUAAUUUCAAAUUGUCCAUCUUAUGCAAAAGAUCAUGGCCUUGUUCCUACUAUAUGCGAUGUAGGAUUAUUUGAAACUAUUUGGAUGUUGCAUUCUAUUGGAGAUUUAUGUCUAAAUAUUCGUGCAAACGAGAAAAUUAACCUCAUGAGCAAGCAUAUAUUUAAAAAAAAACUUUUCCCCAAGAAUCUUGCACUCAUUAAAUACUUAUCUGCAUUAAACAAAGAACAUGGUGGAACUAUUAGAUGGACUAGUUGGGACAAUAAAAUACCAAAAGACGCUGACGAUUCAACUGUGUGUAAUUGGCUUCUUAAAAAAUUCGAUUCUGAUGGUGCAGUUGAUCUUGACAUUAUUAAGAACACAAUUAAAAAUGAAAUUGUAUUCAUUCGAGACUUUAUAAUUAUUCCAGAACGAACAUUCUCGAUUAGUUGUAAUGUGCAUGCCAUCAAUCUUUUUGUCUCGGAGUAUCAAAGUUUACAAUCAAAUAAUCAAAAUACUUAUAUUAUAAGAAAAUUCAAGUUGGAAGAGAUAAUUGUGACUGCAACAAAUUUCCUAAUUUCACAACGUGAAAAAGAUGGUAUUUGGUUUGAUAAAUGGAAUAAAAGCCCAUCUUAUGUAACUUUCAAAGCAAACAAUUUGCUAUUAUCCUUACAAGAACACCCAAACAUAUAUACUAGGUUAGGAUUCACAACAGAAAAAGUGCUUCGCGAUUUUUGCAGAAAAACUGUCGAUUGGGCAUUAAUUACACAGCAUGAUGAUGGAAGUUGGGGUGAGCCAUCGAAUAUAGGACCUGGAAAUCUUGAAGAAACAAGUUAUACUGUAAGGCUUCUAAAGACUGCUUCUAAAAAUUGGUUAGAUGAUAAAAAGAUUAAAUUAGCAUUAUAUAAUGGUAGAAAAUACCUUAUUAAACAUCUUGAUGAAGCAAUGAAGAAUCAAGGAUAUUUCCAUACAAAGCAACCUUUUUUAUGGAUUGGCAAACAAUAUUAUACUGUUCCAAGAGUUAUCAAAUCAUCUAUUCUUGCAUCCCUUUGGGAUGAUUAA